AUGACAACCUUCCCCACCUCCUGGACCCUUACUCCCUCCGCCCGCCUCGAGAUCUUUACCACCCAAAUCCUCCCCGCCGAACUACAACCCUAUCUACCGAGCAGCCCCCCUUCCCCAACCGCAUCUACAACCAAAGACACCACCACCACCCGUCGCUGCCCCCUCGCCAUCCUAAUAGUCGGCCAAACCGGCGCCGGCAAGACCCGCCUAGCGCCCCUCCUCCGCCGCGCCAUGACCGCCUACCACCCCUCUCACCGUCCCCCGGCCCACUUCAUAGCCGACACCUACAAGACCUACCACCCUCACUACGCCUCUUGCGUCGCCCAGUUCCCCCCGGCCCAAGCCUCCGUUCUGGCAGGGCUGGACGCCCGCCUCUGGCUGCAGAUGGCAUGCCAGCACGCCGCUGAGGCCGGCAUUGAUGUCUUGGUGGAAUCUGCAUGCAGGCAUCCAGAUGACUUUUGCAAGCUGGUUGAGAUUUUCUCAAUGGCCGGGUAUACAGUGAAAGUGGCCAUCUUGGCGGUGCCCGAGGGGGUGAGCAGGUUGGGAUGUUUGGUCCGGUAUUGGAAAAGGCUACCGGAGGCUGGGUCGAGGGGACUACCUGUGAGACUGACGCCGAAGAGGGUGCAUGAUGAGAGUUAUCAGGGGUUGGUGGAGGCGGCGAGGUUUGUGGAUGAGAGUGACGCAGUGGAUGGGGUAGUGGUCGUCAGGAGGGGGGAGGAGGUGGCAUUUUGGAAUGAGAGGGUUAGAGUGGAAGGGGAUGGGGAAGGAGUACAAGGGGAAAGAAAAGAGGAGAGGACGAGGAGGUGGAUAAGGGAACCUGCUGGGGGUGCGUUGAAAGCGUUGGAGAUUGAAAGGGCUAGGAAGCUGUCGGUGGAGGAGAGGAGGAUUGUGGAGGAGGAUGUUGAAGUUUUGAGGAAGCUGGGGGAUCCAAAGGUGGAUCGAGAGAUUGAGGAUAUUCAGACGUUAGUGGAUGGUAUUGGAGUUGGGUUUGCUGGGACAUUUCCGCCUUUGAAGCCCUUUGAUGCGGAUAAGUUUAAGAACUCACGAGUUCUAGCUCGCAAAUACCCUGACAUGGGACUAGGAGAUUGUUUUCAUCUGAACUUUGCUGGAUCCUGUUGUACACCAUCUCCUUGUCUCUCAAAAUAUCACGUAUAA